UGUUUUACUGCCCUAUCUUUUCUGUUUUUAAAUAAUUAUUAUCAUUUUCCCGUCUUUUCUUCUUCUUCAUCUGCUUCUCAUGGCGUCUGCCCAGCCCCCUCACGGUUUCCUCUAUCUUAACCACUACGGACAAGGCGGCGGUGGAACAAGAUCUUACUAUCAAGGAGAGUCAAUAGAGUCUUCAGAGAAUCAGGUCAAAAAGGAAAAUAAAACUCAGCCACAGGAGCAAGACAUGGAAAUCGGAUACGAAGAUAAUCCAUUGUUGCAGACAUUUGAAGGUCUUGACAAAAAAUUCCUUAAUGAAAUUAUGAAACUCGUCAAAGAACAGACUGAUGCAGAGGAUGCAGAGAAUGUUAGGCACAGGGAGUCUUUCUCAUUAUUCAGAUUUGCGAGAGUUACGAAUACAUCAAUUAUUGGAGUAGAAAGAAACGCAUCAGAUGCUUGGCAUUAUGCACAUGUUCAUGGUGUCCAGAAUAUGUAACAGAAUUUCUCUUGCAAUGCAAUUGAAACAAGCAAAAAGGAUGUCACCUUACAGCGUUUAAUCGUUUUAGCACGUUGAAAUGGGAGGAAAUUUCUCAUAUAGUCUUUUCCCAUAUGACCAGUUUUUAACGUAGUUAAGUUCCUUUAUAUAUUCUUUCCCAUUCUUUUCAUAGGUUUCUCUAUAUUGAUUUUCAGCUGAAUAUUUAAAGUAAUACAAUAUUAUGUUUGUCUAUUCCUCUUGAUGGUAUUGUAGCCAGAGAUUUACUAGAA